GUGAUUCUAGUUUUUAAGAAGAAAUGAUUGUAAACAAACGAAUAAAUCUGUAGUUGUAGUGUAGAAUCUAGACUAGUCUAUAGAGGCUACAUCUAUCUAUAGACAGUAUAGAUCUGGUUGAUAAAUUUAAAUACAAAUAAAAACAAAAUAAACAUGAGUUUACAAAGCGUGUGUAUGUAUUCUGAUGUUUAUCUAGUGUGUCUCACACAUGCUCUUUCUACGGAACGAGAAGAGGUCAUGGGUCUUUUAAUUGGAGAGGUUGAUAGUUCCAAAGUUUUACACAUCUCGUCUGUUGUGCUCUUGUGUAGGUCAGACAAACAAGCAGACAGAGUGGAAAUAUCCCCAGAGCAGCAGAUGGAUGCUUCAAUCAAAGCUGAACAAUUGUCUAAAGAAUUGAACAGACCCAUGAGAGUAGUGGGAUGGUACCACUCACACCCUCACAUCACUGUCUGGCCAUCUCAUGUAGAUGUGCGAACACAGUUCAAUUAUCAACAAAUGGAUGCUGGUUUUGUUGGUAUUAUAUUUUCAGUUUUCAAUGAGGAUAAAGUAACAAAGCAAAACAGAAUAGAAGUGACAUGUUUCCAGUCUCAAGACUUUAAUUCACAGGUGGAGGUGCCUCUGGAGGUUGUACCAUCCACUUCCAUCUCAGUGCCUUGUCUUGAUGCUCUGAUCACUAUACCAUAUAUACUUCUCCAGGAGGAGGGGGAAGCUUAUGAUCGAGUCACCAAUGAAGAUCAAGAUCUUUUAACACGAAUACACAACGCUGCAGUGUACACCAAAUCAGUGUCCCACGUCCUGGAGGCCAUCACUGUCCCUUUGACCCACAACCUGGAGACGAGGUUGAGGAACAACAAGAUGGACAUCCAGAGGCUGCAAAGGGAAAAAGAGGCAUUGACUCAGAGGCUGAUGGAGCUACAGCAGAAGAAUGCUUCCAGGUCACAAUCACAUGAGGAUCUAAUCAACUUGAUGGACUAGUUGAAGAGAUCACUGUGCAGGUACAACCGAAACUGGAUCAACUUUGGGAAAUAUUCUCAAAGUACAGGAUACAGGUUGUUUUUUCCUAAAUACAUUUAUUUGACAAGUGAACAUGUGGUUAAAAAAAAAAAUUUUUGUAAAGAUGAAGACAUUCAAAUGUCAACGUCCUGCUGGGAGAAAUGAAUUAUGAAUGCUUACUAUAAUGUUAAUCAUAUUCAGUUGGACAGUGUUGCAUGAAAAGCGAAUUGGUGCAAUCUUGUGAAUAAUAUUUAUCAAAUGUAUUUAGUAUACAUGCUGAUCAGUUGAACAUAAAACUGUAGAUAGCUUACAAAUAUUUAGCGAUAUAUGUAAUAUUUGUAUAUUAUUUUAAUUCUAAAUUACUUCUCACUUUUUUCUUUUUAUUGCUGUUGAUAUUAUUCUUUGUACAUUUUAGUUCAAUAAAAGCCUUUUUUUUUUUUU